AUGAUGCUUUUAAGACAAACUGCAAAAAUACUUACUCCCUCUGAGAAAGAGCCAAGUGUCAAAAAUAUUUAAUUAACUUUUCUUUGCUAGCAAGUAAAAAAAUUACUAGAUUCAUAAGCAAGCAAAAAUAUCUUACUCACCCCCCCAUCCUUGAUCGAACGACUCGCCAUCGUUCGAUCAAGGAUGGGGGUUAAAAAAAAUUUUUAUAUAUAAAAUAAAAUAUAUAUAUAUUUUUUUUUUAUUUACUUUUAAAUAAGAGGGUUAAGGGUAUUUAAUAAUUAUUUUUACUACAAAAAAUUGAAUUAAUUUCAUAAAAAUACCAAUUUUUAAUAUUUUGAUUUAUUAGUUACCCCUUUAAACUGUAUAAAUUUUAAUUUGUUCCUUAUUAAAUUAAAUUGUUUUUUUAAAAAGUUUAAAGAUCUCUAUUUUAUUAGAUUAUUAAUUUUUUAAGCCUAGAUUGAUGACUAAAUCACUUCGGAUAGUUGAUUUCGAAGCUUUCUGUCGUCUCAAAGUCCCUGAAAACAACUUCAUUAGGCGCAUCUUCCCAAGCUUUUGAUAACUAAUAUAUUUUUAUAUAUAUAAAAGUUGCAUGAUAUGAAAAUCGUUCGAUCAAGGAUGGGGGUUAAUUUCCCCAAUUUUUAGGAAUUUUUACAGUCAAUCGUUCGAUCAAGGAUGGGGGGGAGUUAAUAUAAAGAAAGUUAGGAAAAAUAUUUUUAUUUCUCGAGCAUUCAGCAUUGAUCCAAAGCAAGAUAAUCAAAAAGAAAAUAACGAACAAAAUGAUCAGCCUAAAAGUUAUAAAGGCUUGAUGUUUAUGGGCGGAUUAUUAGGAAUCGCAUCAUCUAUUCUCUUACAAAAAUAUAUAGUGAACUACACUGACUGGCACGGGGCGCUUUUGGCUCAGUUUCGAGCUAAAAGCACCCCGUGCCAGUCAGUGUAGUUAACUAUAUACCAGCUAGCAAAGAAGUUGAUAAGCCAAAAACUCGAGUCGCAUCAGAGAAUAAGAUUGGAGGUCCUUGAAAAAUGAUUGAUUCUCAAGGGAAGCAGGUUACAGACCAAGAUUUCAGGGGUUCUUAUGUCAUUUACUAUUUUGGCUUUACAAGAUGUCCUGAUAUUUGCCCAACCUCUCUGAAAAAGCUCAGCUCAGCAAUGAAUAUAUUAAAGGAAAAAGGAAUAAAUGAUAUAAAAUACUUAUUUGUAUCUUUAGAUGCUGAAAGAGACACUCCAGAAGAAGUAGGAAGAUUUACAAAUUUAUUUCAUAAAGAAAUCAAUGGACUAUUGGUUCCAGUUGAAGACUUACCGGAUUUUUUAAAGAAAUACAAGCUUUAUAGCAAUAAGAUUUAUAAUGGGGAAGAUUACAUGCUGGAUCAUACAUCUUAUAUGUAUCUUUUUGAUAAAAAUGGUCAAUUUAUGAACGUAUUAGCAUCAAACUUGAGUGAUAAAGGGAUUGCAAGAAGCAUUGAGAUUGAAAUUGAGAAAAAUAAAUAA